GCGGCUGCAGGACGGACCGGCGCGGCCAUGAACCUGGACCGGCUGCGGCGGCGCGUGCGGCAGUACCUGGACCAGCAACAGUACCAAAGUGCUUUAUUCUGGGCUGAUAAAGUAGCUUCACUCUCUCACGAGGAACCACAGGAUGUUUACUGGCUGGCCCAGUGUCUUUACCUGACAGCCCAGUAUCACAGGGCAGCACAUGCACUUAGGUCACGAAAACUGGACAAGCUGUAUGAAGCUUGUCGCUACCUUGCAGCUAGGUGUCAUUUUGCUGCAAGAGAGUAUCAGCAGGCACUAGAUAUUCUUGAUAUGGAGGAGCCAAUCAACAAGCGAUUAUUUGAGAAAUACUUGAAGGAUGAAAGUGGUUUGAAAGACCCCUCUACUGACUGGGAGAUUUCGCCGACUUCUAUAAAGAGUUCGAUUUGUCUUUUACGAGGGAAAAUCUACGACGCUCUAGAUAACCGAACCUUAGCUACAUACAGCUAUAAAGAAGCCUUGAAGCUCGAUGUGUGCUGCUUUGAAGCAUUUGAUCUUUUAACAUCACAUCAUAUGUUGACGGCGCAAGAAGAAAAAGAACUUCUUGAAUCACUACCUCUUAGCAAGCUCUGUACUGAAGAACAGGAAUUGCUGCGUUUUCUUUUUGAAAACAAAUUAAAAAAGUAUAAUAAGCCUAGUGAAACGCUCAUCCCUGACUCCGUGGAUGGCUUGCAGGAGAAUCUGGAUGUGGUCGUGUCUUUAGCAGAAAGACAUUAUUAUAACUGUGACUUUAAAAUGUGCUACAAGCUUACUUCUGUAGUAAUGGAAAAAGAUCCAUUCCAUGCAAAUUGUUUACCUGUGCAUAUAGGGACACUUGUGGAACUGAAUAAAGCAAAUGAACUUUUCUACCUUUCUCAUAAAUUGGUGGACUUAUAUCCUAGUAAUCCUGUCUCUUGGUUUGCUGUGGGCUGCUACUAUUUGAUGGUUGGUCAUAAAAAUGAACACGCCAGAAGAUACCUCAGCAAAGCUACAACACUUGAGAAGACCUAUGGGCCUGCAUGGAUAGCAUAUGGGCAUUCGUUUGCAGUGGAGAGUGAACAUGACCAAGCCAUGGCGGCUUACUUCACAGCAGCACAGCUGAUGAAAGGGUGUCAUUUGCCAAUGCUCUAUAUCGGAUUAGAAUAUGGUUUGACCAAUAAUUCAAAGUUGGCUGAGAGGUUCUUUGGUCAAGCUCUAAGCAUUGCCCCGGAAGAUCCUUUUGUUAUGCAUGAGGUUGGCGUGGUUGCAUUUCAGAAUGGAGAAUGGAAAACAGCAGAAAAAUGGUUUCUUGAUGCUUUGGAAAAGAUUAAAGCAAUUGGGAAUGAGGUCACAGUGGAUAAGUGGGAGCCUUUGUUGAAUAACCUGGGGCAUGUCUGCAGAAAGCUGAAAAAGUAUGCAGAGGCACUGGAUUAUCACCGUCAGGCACUGGUGUUAAUUCCUCAGAAUGCAUCUACCUAUUCCGCCAUCGGCUAUAUCCACAGUCUCAUGGGAAACUUUGAAAAUGCUGUGGACUAUUUCCAUACAGCACUUGGUCUUAGGAGAGAUGACACGUUUUCUGUUACGAUGCUUGGUCAUUGCAUUGAAAUGUACAUUGGUGAUUCUGAAGCUUACAUUGGAGCUGACAUUAAAGACAAAUUAAAAUGUUACGACUUUGAUGUACAUACAAUGAAGACACUGAAAAACAUUAUUUCACCUCCGUGGGAUUUUAGGGAAUUUGAAGUAGAAAAACAGACUACAGAAGAAACAGGGCUUACACCACUGGACACCCCCAGGAAAACUCCAGAUCCUAGACCUUCCUUAGAAGAAACCUUUGAAAUUGAGAUGAAUGAAAGUGAUAUGAUGCUAGAGACUUCCCUCUCAGAUCACAGUCCAUAAUCCCAGCUGGGUUCUGGGACCCCUUUGUCUUUGGGCAGGCCAGCAUUUCCUUCAGCCGCAUCCUGGCUCAGAACUACCCAAACCCAGACCACACAUUGACAUUUAGGAGCCUGCCUCACAGACGAGGACAUAACAACUUUCCAAGGGGUAUUUUCUGAGACUACAGAAGAAUUCUCUGUAAUAGAUUAAAGAAGGUAAAUCAUC